AUGAAGUCUACCACCACUUUUGCGGCAGAGAUCCAGCAAGAUCCAGUGGACGCCGCGGACAAGCCUGACGGCGGCGCGCCCCGGCGGUCUCUGGUAUGCCAUCUCGCCAUUCUCGCCGCCACCUUCUCCGCGUUGGUAUUCUACGCGCACUACGCCGUACAGGGAAACAUGGCGUCCGUCAUCGUGUCAUCCCUUCCCUUGCUGUCCAGCAUCACCGUGGACCAAAAUCCCGGGUCGGCCGAGCUGCCGGUGGCGCUGGAUGGGGAGCGCGCACCGCUCACUCCUCGGGCGACGGUGCUCGAGGCCAACCGAAGCACGAUGAGGGCGCCGGCGCCGGCGAACCGUUGCGACGGCCGGUACAUCUACAUGUACGACAUGCCGGCGCGCUUCAACGAGGACCUUGUCCGCGACUGCGGCAAUCUCCACCCGUGGCUGGACAUGUGCCCGUACGUGGCCAACGACGGCAUGGGGAUGCCGCUGGGCGACGAGGGGGGCGUCUUCCCCGGGCGCGGCUGGUACUCCACCGACCAGUUCAUGCUGGACCUCAUCUUGCACAGCCGGAUGAAGCGGUACGAGUGCCUGACGAACGACUCCUCCCUCGCCGCAGCCGUGUUCGUCCCGUUCUACGCCGGCCUUGAAUCCGGGAGGUUCCUCUACAACCACAGCACCUCCGUGCGGGACGCGCUCCAGCUGGACGCGAUCGAUUGGCUGGUGCGUCGCCCCGAGUGGGCCGCCAUGGGAGGCCGCGACCACUUCUUGGUGGCUGGCCGCACCACGUGGGACUUCCGGCGGAAGGCCGACGUCGACGAGCUGUGGGGCACCAAGCUGCUCAGGUACCCGGCCGUGGAGAACAUGACGGUGCUCGUCCUGGAGACGUCCCCGUGGAACCGGACCAACCUGGCCAUACCAUACCCGACUUACUUCCACCCGGGGACCGCCGCCGACGUGUUGGCCUGGCAGGAGAAGGCGCGGAAGACGGAGCGGAGGUGGCUCUUCUCCUUCGCCGGCGCCCCGCGGCCGGGCAGCAACAAAACCGUCCGCGCGGAGAUCAUCCGACAGUGCCGCGCGUCGAGCGGCUGCAAGCUCUUCCACUGCGGCGGCGGCGUCGUGGGUGGCGGCGCGGCCGACUGUAACUCGCCAGCCGGCGUGAUGCGCGUGUUCGAGAGCUCGCAGUUCUGCCUCCAGCCGCGCGGGGACACGGCGACCCGGCGGUCAACGUUCGACGCCAUCGUCGCGGGCUGCAUCCCGGUCUUCUUCCACCCCGGCUCGGCGUACACCCAGUACACGCUGCACUUCCCGAGAGACCACGGCAGGUACUCGGUGCUCAUCCCGCAUGCCGGCCUGACGGCGCGGAACGUGAGCAUAGAGGAGACGCUGAGGAAGAUCUCGCCGGAGGAGGUGAGGAGGAUGAGGGAGGAGGUCAUCGGGCUCAUCCCAAGGGUGGUGUACGCGGACCCCAGAUCGAGGCGGGUGGGCUUCAAGGACGCGUUCGAUGUCGCGGUGGAGGCCGUCAUUGAUCGGGUGGCGAAGCGUCGGCGGGGCGAGGGGGCCGACGUCCGGGAGCGGGAGCACUGA